AUGAUUCCUACAAGAAUGUUACUGAGACGUAUGUCGAAUAAUGUGCGACACCAAUCAAUAUUAUCUCAGAGAGCCGAAGUACAACAAGAAGAGCCGAUCCGAAUAAUUCGCACCACUGAAGAUAAUCCCCAAAAACAUAAUCGCGACCAUUUAAAUCGCUUUUACACGAUACCCCAAAAUGCUGUGAGCCAAGUAAUGCCUCGGACAUCAAUGCCAAGACGUCUGCAUAUUCAAAUAAAAACAUUUAGGGAGGCUUGUAUUAUGGUACGUGAGCCAGCUAUUGAGCUGAUUUCAUACCUUGAGCAGACAGAUUACUCCAAGCCUCCAAACAAAUAUGUCCUGUACGGACCGGUGGGAAGCGGUAAAACAUUGACGUUGAUGCAUUUAUUACACUAUGGAUAUGUUACUGAGAAGAUUUUGAUCCGACUAUCAAAAAAUUACGUCUGGAACACACGAGAGCAAAAUGCAGCAGGAACGCCACUGCAAGAGAUGAUAGAUUUUGGAAUAGGACGUGGGAAAUAUACUUGCGACGUAAUCAAUGCGCUACUCCAAGAGCUUAAAGCAGCAAGUACUGCCGGAAAUUGCAAUACUUUAGUUCUUCUUGACGGCGUCAAUGCAUUUUUUGGUGAAGACACUCUCGUAAAAGACUCCACCUUCAAACCUCUGUACGCACAGCGCGUAUCGUUGACUCAAUCAUUCUUGGAUUUCAUAAAAUACGAUUGGUGCAAUGGUGCGAUUAUUGCAACAGUUGAUUCACUAGCAGUUAAGAGGGAUAAUCAGUUUGAUUCAACAUAUCCUCGGUUUCUUCUCGGCAAAUUAGGUUUCGAGCAUCUGGACCCAUUCUUACCAAUUGAAGUCCCUAAUUACUCAGAAGACGAGUUCGAUGCUGCUAUCGAGUAUUUGAAAGACAGAAUGUGGAUUAGAAACUUAACAGAAGCUGGCAAACGUGAAUUAGAACUAUUAUCCAACAGAAAUCCUUACAAACUUAUGAGACUUACAGCAGCACGGACAAUGUCACCCUCCUUAGUGACCAAAAGAUUAGUAAGCCAUCCGCUCUCGUUUGAAAAUCCCAUCUGGAUCAUUGCUUCAACAGCUUUCUGA